AGAGCGCGGCGUUGACAGCCACUAGCCACUGAGCAACCCACUCUGUCGGGGUUUGUGUCUCCAUGCAAGACUGUUGAAAAAAGAAGCUCUGACUCUCUCAUUUUGUUUUAUUUGCAAGGCAGGCAAAACAGCAAGCCCGUCCACGGCAAGAAAAGGCACAGAAGUGAAAAAAGCCUCUAAGUAAUUUUCUAGACUCCUCACUGUCUCACAGCUCCCUGCACAAUGUCUGGAGAGGACGCACCUGCCCAGCAGCAAAACGACGUGGACCAGAAGCAGGAGACCAAACCCGCCGAGGAGCCCAAAACCGAGCCGCCCAAGACGGAGUCUCCACCCGCCGGCGCCGCCGAGGCCGCGGCGACCCCCGAGAAGGUCCCCGAAGAGGAGACGUUCACCUACCGCGCCCUGGUGCUCACCGGCUACGGGGGCUAUGAUAAAGUCAAGCUGCAGGUGAAGAAGGGCAAGCCUGCGCUCAAGGCUGGCGAGGUCCUGGUCCGGGUAAAGGCUUGCGGGCUCAACUUCGCAGACUUGAUGGCUCGACAGGGGCUGUACGACCGGCUGCCGUCCCCGCCGGUAACCCCAGGAAUGGAGUGCUCCGGGGUGGUGGAGGCUGUAGGGGAAGAAGUGACGGACAGAAAAGUUGGUGAUAAGGUGAUGGUGCUGAACCGCUUUGGGCUGUGGCAGGAGGUGGCUGUGGUGCCAGCAAGCCACACCUUCCUCAUCCCAGAGGGCAUGAGCUUUGAGGAGGCAGCAGCCCUCCCUGUGAAUUACAUCACUGCCUAUAUGAUGCUGUUUGACUUCGGCAACCUGCGACCCAACCAGAGCGUCCUCGUUCAUGCUGCUGCAGGUGGUGUGGGCAUUGCUGCCACUCAGCUGUGCAAGACAGUGAAGGAUGUGACUGUGUUCGGCACGGCAUCAGCCAGCAAGCACGAGACUAUCAGCGAGGGCGGAGUCACACAUCCCAUCGACUAUCGCACCAAGGACUAUGUGGAGGAAGUUCGCAAGAUCAGUCCGAAAGGGCUGGACAUAAUACUGGACUCUCUUGGAGGAUCAGACACCCAUAAGGCCUACAACCUGCUGAAGCCUAUGGGCAAACUUAUCACCUAUGGCUCUGCUAACAUGCUGGCGGGCCAGAAGAAGAACCUGCUCGCUGUGGCUAAGAACUGGUACCAUCAGUUCUCCAUCCACACACUCAGCCUGAUCCAGGGCAACAAGUCGGUGUGCGGCUUUCACCUGGGCUACCUGGAUGGGGAGAUGGAGCUCAUCAGCCAGGCUAUGAACUCCAUUCUGAGUCUCUAUAAGGAGGGCAAGAUCAAGCCCCGCAUCGACUCCACUUGGCACCUCGAGCAGGUGGGCGAUGCCAUGAGAAAGAUGCAGGAGAGGAACAACAUUGGCAAAGUGAUCCUCACCACAGAGCCAAUGCCUGAGGAGGAGAAGAAGGAGGAGCCCAAGAAGGAGGACAAGAAAGAGGACAAGAAGAAGGAUGACAAGAAGAAGGAUGACAAGAAGAAGGACGAUGGCAAGAAGGAGGAGAAGAAGGAUGACAAGAAGAAAGAGGAGCCCAAGAAGGAGGAGAAGAAGGAGGAGGAGAAGAAGGAAGAGGUCAAGAAGGAAGAAAAGUGAGAGGGAGGGAUGGAUAGUCGAGCAGAGCACCAGGGAGUUUGUAUCCUUGGAGCAGGGGUUGU